AUGACAGAAGAAGUCGAAGUAAAGAGCAACGUAAGCCACCCAGCACCACCUUCAGCACCUUAUCGUGUAAAGGUAUACAAACUGAACGUGGACAGCGUAUGGGAAGACAAAGGCACAGGUCACUGUGUUUACGUAGCGGGUUCUGAAGGAGAGCUUGAUGAGCUCUGGGUGCGCUCUGACGAAAAUUCCUCAACCUUAUUAAGUUCCAAGGUACAGAAUCGAAGAAGAUACCAUAGACAGCAAGAAACUCUGAUUGUUUGGAGUGAAGAUACUUGCCAAGACUUGGCAUUAAGCUUCCAGGAACCCGAAGGCUGCGAUGAGAUAUGGCACUUUGUGUGUGUUUUUACGUUUUCUUUUAUAUGUUUUAGGUUACGAAUCAAACCUGACGACGACUCUUCGAGACCUAACACUUUAGGUCAGGAUGGAGAUCUCAAGACAGGAGAUAAACACAGGUCAAACCCAGGUAUGACUGGUUUCGAGGUAGAUACAAACGGCAACAACUUUGACUUCCAGCGAGAGGCCCCAGAAAUUCUCUUUCCUCCAGCACCAGAACUAUCGAAUUUAUCAAGGAUUGCUUCAAUUGUAACCAGUGCCAGAUCGCCCAAAGAGAAAGAACGCCUGAGUGCUUACAUAUUGAACGAAAAUUACAUUGACAAGUUGCUGCCAGUAUUUAAAACAUGUGAAGAUCUGGAAAGCAUUGACGAUCUCCAUACUCUAUUCACUAUCAUGAAAACCAUAAUCCUGUUAAAUGAUACCACGAUCAUUGACUACAUUAUCCGAGAUGAGAUCGUACUUGGAGUCAUGGGAAUGCUGGAGUAUGAUCCCGAAACGCCAAACAUGAAGGCAAAGCAUAGAGAAUUUCUUACCAAACACUCCAAAGUAGAACAGGUUGUAACCAUUAAAGACGAAGCAACAAUGUCAAAGAUUCACCAAACAUUCCGUAUACAAUACCUCAAAGAUGUCAUUCUGGAAAAUUCAAUGGACGAAUCCAUGGCAUCUGCACUGCGAUCGGCUGUGUUUUACAAUCACGUCGACAUUCUAACCUACGUUCAAAACAACAAUGAACUCUUGACUGAAUUGUUUGGGAUAUUGAAAGACGAGAAAGCAAGCGACAAAAAGAAGAGAGAUGCUGUACUAUACGUCCAGAGCCUCUGUUCGAUUACCAAACCAUUCCAGGCAUCUUCUCGCGCUAGUCUUUACAGAUCGCUUGCUCCCUAUGGAUUAUUCGAUAUUUUUGAUAUUGCCUUGACAGAUGAGGAUAUUUCAAUGCGUACUGCUGGUCUGGACAUGUUGGCUUCUAUUGUUGAACUCAAUGCCUGUCUUGUGCGAGGUUACAUGAUUAAACAAUCAAAAGAGGAAACUACCAAAAAGUCACUAUUGGAAGUCAUUGUGGAACAGUUCACUGCAGAUAAAGACCACAUCUUGAAAUGCCAAUAUGCUGAGGUGAUCAGAACCUUGUUAGAUUCGAGUGGUGGACCUUCGUUUGGAACAGCAUUAACGCCAGAAACAUUAAAUAAGCAAGAUCCAGAAACCGAUGAAUUCUUGACAUUAUUUUACGAAAAGUAUGCACCAUCUCUACUCCAACCUAUUCAGGACAUUGACGCAAAACCAAUAAAGCUGACAGAUUCUGUUAUUGACCCACGACCAAUCUGAAUUGAUUCUGUACAUAUCCGAACUCUUGACGUCUGUGGUCAAACUUCACACUUUCCGUAGCAAAUUUUUGGUCUUGUCAUCCGAUUGCUUUGGAAAGGUUGCUCAGCUCUUUAGAUGCCGUGAUGCACAUAUGAAAUUAGCCGCUUUAAGGCUGGUGAGAGCAUGUGUAGGACUCAAAGAUGAGUUUUAUAACCGCCACUUGGUAAAGCACAAUAUAUUUGAACCUAUCAUUCGGGUUCUACUGGAUACAGACGGGCGUGACAAUCUCCUCAACUCAGCAUGCUUGGAGUUGUUUGAUUUUAUCAGGAAAGAAAACUGUAAAAUCCUGGUGAAUCAUUUGGAAACACAAUUUGGUUCAGUGCUGGACACUAUCACAUAUGUCGACACAUGCGAGAAGCUUCGUCUGAGACAUGAGCAGAAUUCGGAACAACCUGGAAUGGAAGAUAUUCUUAGUUCGACUACAAAUGGAGUAAAAGCCCCCAAAGAUGGCGGGUGGCUUUCAUCGACUAUGGACGAUGCCGAAGAAGAAUAUUUUAAUGGUUCGGAAGAGGAAGAGGAAGAAGAUUCGAUUAGUAUCAACAACACGUUGUCUCAGCCGCAGCCAUUGACUUUGAUCUCCCAGACUGAAACCAAGAAGAAGGCCCUUGUUGAUUAUGAAGACGACGAUGAAGAAGAGGAAGAUGAUGAUGAUACUGAUGAGAACGAUGAUGAUGAUGAAAAAGACAAAGAAAAGGAAAAGCCAUCAAAAUCAAAAUCAGAUACCAAGAGACCAUUUGGUAAACAUGAUUCCAGUACAGCAGAUGAAAAGUCAAAUGAAACAGGCUCAAACAAGAAGAUGAAAGGACCGUCAAUUGAUAAUGAGGAUACAGAAUCAAAAUUGGCGGCUAAAUCUUCUACUUCUUCUCCCACAUCUUCUUCUUCUUCUUCCUCUUCCCCUUCUUCCCCUUCUCCUUCUUCUCCUUCUGCUGGAUUUCUCAAACGAAGAAAGGCUUCGGAGGAUGAAGAUGACGAUGAUGAGGAUGCGUUUACCUCACGAUCAGACAAAGGAGGCAGCAAGGCAUUGUCCUUGAACAGCCCCAAAAAAAUUAUUAUUAACCCUCGGAUAAAGAAAACACGGACGCAAAAGUAGAGAGAUUUUUUAUUUUAUUUUAUUUUAUUUUAUUUUAUUUUUUCUUUUAUGUUAUGUUAUGUUAUGUAUAUAAUAUAUAUAUAUAUAAUUCUGGUU